UCCCCCACAACACUCAAUAUUUUUUUCGCCCGCGCGCAAAUGGCACCGAGCGCUCCCUCCCGCUCGCCUCGGCAGCGCCGGACGCGAUGACCGGACAAGUUUUAACUCAGCGCGGAUGAUGCUCUUCCUCGACGGCAUCUGAUGAAUUCUUCACUGGGAAACAGGAACAGGUCUGCCGAACAUAUCACCUCCCAUGUCACCGGGGCAUCUCCAUGGCGAUGUUUAGCAGCGCAGAACGGCUCUGGAAUGAGUCAGACCGCCACGGGUGGGACGAGAGGAAUGAGAGCUCGGAGGCGUCAGGGCAGGUCGAGGGAGAUCGUAACUACUACGCCAUGCUGUAUUCCCUGCUCAUCCUGGCCAUUGUGUUUGGAAACGUGCUGGUGUGUCUGGCUGUGCUGAGGGAACGCUCCCUACAGACCACCACCAACUACCUGGUGGUCAGCCUGGCUGUGGCCGACCUGCUGGUGGCUUCACUGGUCAUGCCUUGGGCUGUAUACCUGGAGGUGGUCGGCGGCGCCUGGCUUUUCAGCCGGCUCUACUGUAACAUCUUUGUCACGCUGGAUGUGAUGAUGUGCACCGCCAGUAUCCUCAACCUGUGUGCGAUCAGCAUUGACAGGUACACAGCAGUGGUGAUGCCCGUCUUGUAUAACACCACCCAUCGCUCCAGGAAGAGGGUUUUUGCGAUGAUUGCCACCGUGUGGGUCCUGGCCUUUGCCGUCUCCUGUCCCCUGCUGUUUGGCUUCAACACCACAGAUGACCCCAUGGUGUGCUCCAUCUCCAACCCCGACUUUGUGAUCUACUCCUCGGUGGUGUCCUUCUACCUGCCUUUUAUCGUCACUUUGCUGGUCUACAUCCGCAUCUACGUCUUCCUCAGGAUGAGGCGGAAGAGGAUCGCCUUCGGCCAAGCCAGCGGAAAGAUCCAGCCGGGCUCGACCCCGCCGUCUGUGGAGACCUGUCUACAAGAGGAGACUCCCAAGGCGAAGCAAGACCUGUCACCUAUAAGGAUUAAAGUGCAGAGUGUAGAGCCAUCAGGUCCCUCCAAGCCCACCCUGCUCUCAGGAUGCCUGUGGCGCAAACGCCCAAAGACAGGACCGGUGGAGAACUCAAUGCUGCCUCCAGUGGACAUGCAGAACUACUGUAGCAUCAGCCACGCCUCCUGCGGCCGCACAGAGUUGGAUCUGGAUCAGGAGGGAGGAGAAGAGGAGGUGGUGGAGAACAACCAGAACGAAGGGCCUCCCAUCAGGAUGAGCUGCGAGGUGAAGGAUCUAUCCAAUGGACGGACACACACGUCACUGCGGCCGAUGCCUCACUCUCAUAUCAACAAUCCACGAUUCAGGAGCAUGCACGCUCGUGAGAAAAAGGCCACUCAGAUGCUGGCCAUUGUGCUCGGGGUGUUUCUCAUCUGCUGGCUGCCUUUCUUUGUGACUCACAUUCUGAACACCCACUGCAGGACAUGCUACGUACCUCCUGCACUUUACAGUGCUUUCACCUGGCUGGGGUAUGUCAACAGUGCCCUCAACCCUAUUAUCUACACCACCUUCAACAUCGAGUUCAGGCGGGCCUUCAUCAAGAUCCUCAGCUGCUGAGGACGGAGGCAUGCCAGGAAAUUAAAAUGGAAAUGAGGCUGGGCACUCAUGCUACCACUCAGGCAUGGUGCAUUUACCAAACACUGACCGCAGAUGAACACUGGUCAUGGUCAAGGGAAACAAACUUGUUUUGUGUCCUACAGUUAUACAGUGGCAGCGAAGAUGAAGCAUGGAAAUGAACCAACACUGUGUCAUGCAAUAAAUGCUAACAAAAGAGGAAUUUUACUCUUCUGACUCCAACAAAGACUCAAACGUUUAUUCCUCAACAGGGCUGGGACUCCAUUUGAACAGUAUUACUUCUCGAAUAAGACUUAAAUGUUCAUAUGCAUACAGUCUUAUUGAUAGCACAAGGUGUUGGACUUUCUUGUGGAUACGUCUUGUACAGUAUGUGUACUGCUCAUUGGCACAAUUCCUCAGUUCGGGAGUUUCUGAUCGAUGUGAGUUUGGGAAAUGGAGCUUUAAAGGCUGAUAAAUUGAUCUCAGACCUGCAGGCCAUCUCGUCCUGAGGCUUAGCUGCCAUCGCACUGUGUGGAUUAACUGAUGUUACUCACUCUCUCCACUCACCCCCUCCUCCAUCAUUAUCACUAUCGGUUAUUCACCUGCGCAUGCACAAAUCAGAAUUCAAAGCCAUUCACUUGAAAUGUGCUUGAAAGGUCAUGUUGGUCCUUGCCAAGAGUCACAUCAUGUUGAAGAUUGUCAUAUAUAUUGACGUGGAGGCAUUGUGCGCCAUGUGGAUUAAUUAGAAUUUGAAAAAAUAAUAAGUGAGAUUUUGAUGUAAUGCACAGUGGAAACAUUUUCAGUGUUUUUUAAAGGGACUGUCUGUUUAAUGGCAAACUUCCCGGUGAUUUAGAGCUGCCUGCUGGCGCUUCUCAAGCGCUCAUGAAGGCAAGAGCUUUGCGAUUUUAACAAAUCGAGCAGGAUUGUGAACCAUGUGGUGGGUAGGUCUGUCAUGGACAAUGCAUUCAAUGCAGUGUGUUGUAAAUAAAAAAAAAGGAUGAAAUGUU